GCUUUGACGUCAGCUUCCGCGUUCACAUGACUCCUGACUCGCGCGGAUACAGGAACAUGGCUCUGCUGUUCACUGAUGAAGAGUUCGAGCAGGCGUGGACCGAGCUGGACGAGCCGCAGCUCGACGGCGGGUGGGAGUUCUUCACCGAGACCAUGGACGUCAAAAUAUACAGACUUUAUAACAAGGAAACCGGUUUGUACGAGUACAAAGUGUUCGGUUCUCUGCCCAGCUGCUCUCCAGAUCUCUGCGCAGAUGUUUACAUGGAUCUCAACUACAGGAGACAGUGGGACUCCUAUGUCAAAGAGCUGCACGAGAAAGACUACAGCGGGCAGAAAGCCAUAUACUGGGAGGUGAAAUAUCCAUUAACUCUGUCCAACAGGGAUUAUGUUUACGUGAGGGAGCGACGGGAUCUGGACGUGGGAGGACGGAAGAUCUGGGUGGUUUUAGCCAAGAGCUCGCCCGUGUCUCAGUGUCCAGAGAAGAGAAGCGUGAUCCGGGUCAAGGAUUACAAACAGAGUCUGGCUAUUGAGAGCGAUGGCUCCGGCGGUACCAAAGUGUUUAUGAACUACUUUGAUAAUCCCGGAGGAAUGAUACCGACGUGGCUGGUGAACUGGGCCGCUAAGACGGGCGUCCCUGCCUUUCUCACCGACAUGAAGAAGGCCUGCAGUAACUACGCAAACUACUGCAAGAACAACAAGUGAUGCAUGUAUGACGUCCUCUCUUUAUCUCCCGCCAUCUCUUUGGUUCUGUUUCACGUCAGAAGGGCAUUCUGGGUGGAGGGGAUUGUGGGUAGAGUUACUUUAUAUGGUUAUUGGAGACGCUGCAGUUGGAGUCCAAUGAAUUCAGGUUCCUGUUGAACUUUAGCUGGAAAUUAGGGCUAAUUUGAGUUUAUAAAAUUGGUUUUGAAUGUAAUAUAGAUCAAUCAUAAUGUAAUUUGUGAAUAUAAGUAUAAACAUUUGUUAAAUGUUAUAUAUCCAAAGUCAAUCAAUAAGCCUUCCUGAAAUCAAAACGCUGUUAGGUUUUAUACAGCAACCCUAUAAAAUGUAUUUGACAAACUGAAAUGUGUAAAUAAGAAAACAAAGUAUAAUAUCAAGAGUCAUUUAAUUUAAAGAAAUAUAUUUGGCAAAGACAUUUGUUAGGUUUGAAUCAUAAAGCCAAUAACAUUAUUAUCAUUAUUAAAGGCUCAUUCACACCAAUUACGAUAAAGAUAAUGAUAAAGAUGAUCACAGGAAUAAAUUAUGUUUUAAGAGAUAUUAACAUAGAAAACAGCCAUUUUAAAUGGUAAUAAUAUUUCACAAUAUUACUGAUUUUACUGUAUUUUUGAUUAAACAAAUGCAGCCUUGGUGAGCAGAAGAGACUUCUUUUGACCAGUAGACUCAAGUGUCCAAAUAAGCAUGAGAUCUGUAUAGUUAUAUAAUGGUUAUGUUAUAGUUUUGUUCCCCAACAACUGAAUACAAUCAAGCACUUAAAUAUUACAAGAAAAGUUUGCAUGUACUGGUGCUGAACUAGUCCCGAGUGCCUUCCCAUGAGCCUCUGCACACUGGGCGUGAUGGAUUGUAGUAAUGCAGCGCCCUCUGCUGUUUGAAGGAUGGGGACACAGUUGAGACUUUAUUUUAUUUGAAUGGUUGAUGCGUUUUUUUAAUGGUCAGAAUUUAUGGUCUGUAUAUUGGGAAAAUGAAUGGCAUUUGAAUGUAUAUUUCAGAUACUUUCAAUCAGGAAUUUCCAUAAAUCACAUUAAUGACAAUUACUAUACAGAGCUGAAAAUAUGAGCAUUUGCACUGAAAAUAUUAUGACUAAAUUCAUAAUACUGCUGUUUAUGUUAAUGCUGAGCACAGUAAAUUUAUGGGAAAAAAUAACACUUUAUUGAUCACAACAGCAAUUUAAAGCAGCAAUACAGUCCGUUAAUGUCUGCUGGUGUUUACAGUCAUGGGUUGUUAUCCAUUUGGAAAUCGAGAUUAUUCAUAGGAAAGUUAUUAAGGAGUUUUAGUGACAUUCCACUUGACUUUUUUCCUUUUGACAAUCCCUGAUUUCAUUGUGGUUUGGUGUGUUGUUUUCCUCUGGAUCUCUUGUUUUUUGACAUCUACCUCUUACACUCACAGUACUGCAAUUAAAAUAAAAUCAUCUGUACAUUCUGCCUCAACCUGUUCAUUACUGCCAAAUUUCAUUUCAUUAAAACUGGUGCUUUACCUUU